GUUGGAACCCUAGAUUGCUUUGACUUGGGUUGAACUCUCUAUAAAAUCUUGGUUGCGGUUUGCAUUUUUCUUCUCUUUUGUUGUGUUGAGCGACAAACAUACCCCCAAGAAAAGCAAAGGAACACAAGAAAUGGUGCCCAUAAAGUUUACAAGCUUAGUGCUUGGACUUCUCCUUGUUUUGCAAGCUCUAAGGGUCUCUCUGACACAAGCUCAUCAAGAUAGGGCAAUGAAUGGAAAUGGGCUUGCAAUGACUGGAGAAAAUGUGCUGUUGGUGAAAAAGGGACUUCUUGAUGGUAAACCCAACGCCGUCACUAGGACAAGAGGCCUUGGAGGAAGGAAAAUGGUGGUGGAUAGAGUGUCGAGAAAAGGGAUCGAGGAACAAGGACUGAACCAAGAAAACUCAAAGAUUUCAGGAAAAGACAAUUAUGCUUGGGAGAAGUUUGCCAGAAAAUCACGGUAUCCCCCGAACGAUCAGCCUAACUCCAGCUUCUCUCAACCUCAGGACAAUCUCAACACGUUGGAGCCGAAGACAUGGAAAUGUUCCAGCUUGGGCUGUACUUCAAAAUCCAAAAUACCAGUCUCUCAAGAACCUCCUGAUACUACUCAGAGGGAUGAAGAAGAAAGGCUUCUUAAGGCCGUGAAUGAGAUGGUGAACCUGAUUCACAAGGACUACAAGGGAACUGAUAAGCCUAAGCGCAAGCCACCAAUCAACAACCAUGAACCUUCAGACUAAGAAAAUGCUGAUAGCCCUUGUUAGGUUUAGGCUCACAGUUUUGCUCCCUUAGAUGUGAAGUCCUUUAACCUACUUAAAAUAUAUUAGUUUCUCUCGUUUAGGCAAUGAAGCAUAGGAUACUUUGUUUCUUUUUCUAACAUGACACUUCUACACAUAGGAUCCUGUAUAUUACAUGUGCCUUCAGGGAACUUCUAAUUUCUUCUGUGAAGUUACACUAGUUAAGUGAGGUGAUUAUAUAUAUCAUAAUGUUAUUUGCCACUA